AUGGCUGCACUUUGCAUGAAGGACAAGAGUAAGCAUGCAAAACCCCUUGACGACAAUGGAGUGAGACCAAAGCUCUUGCAGCAACAUUUUCGAGACUGUAUGAAUCCAUUGGGGUGGUAUUCAUUGCCUGUGGACCUGUUUACUGAACGGCCAAUGAGACCUUUGGAAGACGCAGUGGCAUUUGCAAUUCUGGGACACACAUCCCAGUCCCUUCUUCCAGUAGCCGACAAAGCCAAUACAGCACUGCCGCUGAGUGACCGGGAGAGGAUCCAGAAGGACUCAAACCCUUCUGUUUCACAAGAGGUAGUUCCCUUUCUUGCGAUUCAAGAUUCCGAAGCUGGCAGCAGCAUCAUCAAAAAACCCAACCUGAUUGAGGUCAUUGAGCUUGACUCCGGUUCGGACAAUGAGGUUGGUGCUUGUGAUGCUCAGCCCUCUUCUAGCAGCACCGCUAAGCUAGUCCCUUCGGCUCAAUCAGUGCCCCAAUGCAUGCCUCAAGACAUGCUCUCGCGUGAUAUGGUUCGAUUUGCGGCAAAUUCAUCGGGUUUGAUUGUUUUUCGAGUCUCUGACAAACGACCCGCACUGAAGAAGAGGCCCCUGUCUUUUGCAGACAGUUUGACAACGGAUGAUGUUUGCAUUCGAAUUUGCAAGGUGGAAAAUGCUAACCCGCAAUCUGUGACAGUAUCAGCUGUGGACCACCCAACAGUUCCAUUGGUGAAACUGUUUGCAGGUGCCAACACCGAAGAGCUUGUAGAGAGCAUGUUGCAAUGGACCCAUGCAUCAAGACUUCACCACAGCAUGAACAUUCAGCCCAGCUCUGUAGGGGAGUCAGAGUUUUCUUUGAUUGAGGAAGUUGCUGGUACAUGCGCUGUUGUUGGUGCUUCCACGCACUACGACAUUGCUGGAAUGACUUCUGAAGCAGAAUUGGCAACAAUUGACAACUUGGUCAACAAGUCUAUCCUGGUUCGCACCAAACAUGGACAGUCUGUGCAAUUGGCUCCAUCAGUUUUCUCUUGUCAGCUUGUUUUGACUUUGCCGCGGCCAGUUUUUGAACAACGCCUUGGCAGCUCCUUCCAGUUGGACCGUCUCAAUUUGAAACCAGGAAACCGGCCGACCCAAUGGGAACUUUAUGUGAAUCUAUGCAAGACUGGUUGGGUCAGGGAAAAUUGGCAAGAAUCAACUGCAAAAUUGAAGCGUGAAUAUGUUCAACCUGGGAUGGAAAAGAAGUUCUACCAGGACACUUACUGGUACUGGCUGUGUUUGUUGAAUUGUGAUGCCCUACACGCUUUGGGAUUUACAUUGUACCAUGGGCAGCUGGAAGCAUUCUACCAAGCAGCCAUCCAAUUGGCCAAGGAGGACCCAGACAAGCUAGCUCAGCUGGAGCCAGGGAGCAAAGCUGAUGUCUACAAAAAGUUGACCAAACAUUUGCAGUCAACAAAGGCUUCGGCGUCUGAGACCCAGAACGCCGCAGCUGGGUUUCUCACUGUCUUGGACUUUGAAGGCUCCAAGGAGCUAGCCCCGGCAGCCUCGGUUCCCAAUUUUGAUUUUGUUGACGUAGAUGAAGAUGAACAGGCCAAAGAGGACACUGGUGGUGGUGGCGGUGAUGACCAUUCAGAAAGUGAUUUGGUGGUGGUGGAGGCGUGGGUUGUGGGCAGCGCUGGAUGGGAAUUAGGGGCCACGUGA